AUGGCAGAUUUCAGCUACCUUGCCCGCCCUUCUGCAGAGUGGACUUCUUUCCUCCAACAACAAUCACUGCCUCCGACGCCUGACCCAACAAGCACCCCGGAUAUAAAAAGCAUUCGUCGUCGAAUCAACUCACAGCGGUUUACUGUUAGCAGCGACGAGUUAAAGGCGAUGGGUGACCACGGCGUCAAGACCAAAACCUUGCUGAUUGUUGGCGAGGACUGUGUGGAAAUACCCAUACGACUCUAUUUGCCUCGCUACUGUGGUGCCUCGGUCCUCCUUUACUUUCACGGAGGUGGUUUCUUCUCCGGCUCUUUGUCUACCGAGGAUGCCACCUGCACCAGCUUAGCCCUGAAUUGCGGCGUCACUGUUGCCAGUGUUGGUUAUCGGUUGGCUCCAGAGUGGACAACUCCAGCGCCUUUCCAAGAUGCUUGGGAUGCCCGAUGCUGGGUCAUACAGCACGCAGCCACCAUUGGGAUGUCACCGGAAUUUGAUCUUUAUGUCAUGGGGAUCAGUGCUGGUGCCUGUCUGGCAGCAAGUAUCGUUAUUCGAGAGAGGAUGUUGGGAGAGUCUGUCAUCAAAGGUCAAUGUUUGGCCGCUCCGUGGCUCUGCUUUCCCGACAAGUUCCCUUACGAACAGAUCCAAGACAACAAGGCUUCUCCGAUGCAGUGUCAGAAUGCGGCGCUCCUCUCUUAUUCAUGGGUUGUGCAAUACGCCCGCAUGAUGGAUCCUCCUGAAUCCUGUCGUGACAGUCCAGUCAUCAACCCACUUCUCUUUGAUGUGAGAUCUAUCGACAAACUAUCACCCACACAUAUUAUGGUCUGUGGCGAUGACCCGCUGCGUGAUCAUGGCAUGCUAUUCAAGGAGAAGCUGCAACGUUUGGGUGUCCCAGUAAAGCUGAAUGUUUAUCCAGGAUAUGCCCAUUAUUUCCGCAGAUUCCCUGAUGCGCCAGCCAACGACGCCUGGGAUAGCGAUCUGCGUGGGGGCAUUUUUUUGGAUGAUCAGCCAGUCAGCUCCGGUUUCUAA